AUGUUUGAGGGCAUACCAUACGGCACACCACCAAUAGGAAGGUUACGAUUUGUAAAGACAGAGCCAAUUGAUUAUUCACAGCGUCGGACAAUUAAUGCCACAAAUUUUGGCACUUCUUGUCCGCAACAGAUUUGGGACACCGAUGAGGACUGUUUGCAUCUAAAUGUAUGGACGCCCACAUUAGACCCUAAAGCCAGAUUACCCGUCAUGUUUUUCAUUCACCCGGGUGGCUUUGCUAUGGGCAGCGCUAAUCUCUACACUGGCCAACAGUUGGCGCUCCGGGAUGUGGUUGUGGUGACCAUUAACUACCGGUUGGGUGCGCUGGGCUUUCUGUGCACCGAUCGGGCGGACGCGCCCGGAAAUGCCGGUCUCUGGGAUCAGGCGAUGGCAAUGAAUUGGACGCAACAAUAUAUCGCACAUUUUGGCGGUAAUCCCAAUGAUAUUACAGUGUUUGGCGAGAGCGCCGGCGCCGUCUCUAUCGGCGCUCAUAUCAUAUCAAAUGUCACAAAUGGUUACUUCAAUAAAGCUAUUUUACAAUCAGGAUCAGCCCUAAUGCACGAGUUGAUUCGGCCAAAGUCCUAUACCACACGACUGGCCAAACGGUUUGCCCGGAAAGUGGACUGCAAUCUUGACGAGAAUUAUGUGCUGUGCUUACGGUCAGUGCCGUUGGCAACCAUAUUGAGGGUACAAUUAAGUUCGUCCAACUGGAAUAUGGACACUCCCGACGCCAGUCCCAGCAUAACAUCCCAUAUGUUUCCCUUUCACGUCUGUUAUGGCGAUCAAUUGCUUCCCGAAUCGCCAGUAGAGUUGCUUAAAGGCGGGCAUUACAGGCGGAACUUGAGGGUAUUGAUGGGUCACCAGACUGUGGAAUAUCUGACGCUCGGACUCGUCCAGGGCUACAGUAGUCGUUACAACCCGUUUGUCCCGUAUGUGUAUACGACUAAACAGACAGCCGUUUCCGAUAUUGAGCACUUGAUUAAUAACUCGACGUUCGCCGCACUUGUGGUACAAAAAUAUAUUGAACCCUAUUUCACUGGGUAUAACCCUUGGCAGUCAAAUGCGCUGCGACUUACAGUUGCGCACGCCUUAAGCGAUGGUUACCUGACGUGUCCUAUAGUAAUGUACGGCAAAUAUUUGGCAAAAUAUUCAAAUUUUACGGCAACCGUAUAUCAGUAUCAGUUGACGUCUACCAAUAGGCUGUCACCCACUGCCUAUAGUUUGUGGUGUAAUGGCACGUCUCAUGGCGAUGAAAUACCCCUGGUGUUUGGCUAUCCAUUUAUUUUACCAGGGUUUACUGUGGAUAAUACACGAUUAAGCUCAAUUAUGAUGCAUAUAUGGACUGAGUUUGCAAAAACUGGUUCGGCUUUGUUACUCCAACUGUACGCAAACAUAUCAACUCAAAGUCUUAAUAACGCACAACUAAAUGCCACAAUCCCAAUAAAUAUAUUCAAGGGCAUACCAUACGCCACACCCCCAGUGGGAGACUUGCGAUUCCGACGUACAGUCCCUAUAAGUUAUUCGCAAAUGAAAACCAUAAACGCCACACAAUUUACUAAUGGUUGUCCACAAAUGGGAAAUAUUAUGAAUGCAAACGAGGAUUGUCUGUAUUUAAAUAUAUUUACGCCAACCAUGAAUACCAAUGCAAAUCUACCAGUUAUGUUAUGGAUAUUACCAGGAGCAUUUGUUGGCAAUAUAGCAACCCCUGCGGCCAAUAGCUUUAAUGGCCAACAGUUGGCUAUAAGAGGUGUAGUGGUCGUUACCAUUGACUUUAGGGGAUUAGUAUUUGGCUAUCUGUGCACCGAUAGGCCGGACACCGAUGCAAAUGCCGGUCAAUGGGAUCAGACAAUGGCAUUGAAUUGGACGCAAAAAUAUAUCAGACAUUUUGGCGGAAAUCCAUGUGGUAUUACAUUAUUUGGUGAGAGUUCCGGCAGUGACUGCGUUAGCGCUAAUAUAUUGUCAAAAUAUGCUAAUACUUACUUCAAUAAAGCAAUUUUACAAUCGGAGGGACAAGUAUUCGCGCAGUUGCGGCGCGGGGACAGCUAUGGGAGAAGUACUGCGGGGGACUUCUGCGGGCCGAUAGUAUCCACUUGUCUUCAGUGGCUACAAAGAAUGAGGGAUGAGUUGAUGAGUAAUGGCGAAUGA